GGCCCACCUCGCAGGAUUGUUGUGACAGCCAGGAUGAGGGGAAGUGUCGCGGAGGGCAGAGAAGCGCCGCCCGGAGCCCCUCAGGGGAAGAAGGGAGGGCUUCUUGACGCCGCGUUGAUUAUUGUGGCCCCCCGGGGCCGGCUGGCUGGCUUUCCUCCCCGCCGCACGAGGCCCGGAAGCCCGCCUCGUCCGGGGCCGGAGCGAGUCCCCUUCCCGCCCACGCCGGCCCCCCGUCAGGAGCCAGGAGGCGGGCGGGAGGCAGGGAAGGAGGCUGGUCGGCUGCUGGGGCUGGCGGGGUCCCGGCGGCGGCGGCGGCCUCACAUGACUGCGGCUGGCAGGAGAACGAAGCGCCAUGGACGGCGAGGCGCCCUCCGCGGACACGGCGGCGGCCGGCGGCGGCUGCGGGGCCCCAGACUCGACAAAGCCUCUGAUAAGUGACUGGAAGGAACCCGAGGAGCCUCCGAUGCAGACGCCCGGGGGGAAUCCGCUGGUGCUUUCCCACACCCUCCAAGAGCUGUUGAGCAAGGACACGGUGCAGGUGGAGCUGAUCCCUGAGAAAAAAGGCCUCUUUCUGAAACAUGUGGAGUACGAAGUUUCCAGCAAGCGCUUCAAGUGCUCUGUCUACAGGCGGUACAAUGACUUUGUGGUCUUCCAUGAGAUGCUCCUCCAGAAGUUCCCGUACCGCAUGGUCCCAGCUCUUCCGCCAAAAAGAAUGCUAGGAGCUGACCGUGAGUUCAUUGAGACCAGACGGCGCGCGUUGAAACGUUUCAUUAACCUGGUGGCACGACACCCUCCCUUUUCGGAAGACGUGCUCUUGAAGCUCUUCCUCUCCUUCAGUGGAUCUGAUGUGCAGAACAAGCUGAGGGAGUUGGUGCAAGGUGUGGGAGACGAGUUCAUGACCUGCACACUAGCAACUCAGGCCAAGGAUUUCCUGCCAGCCGACAUCCAGGCACAGUUUGCUGCCAGCAGGGAGCUGAUCCGAAACAUCUACAACAGCUUUUACAAACUGCGGGACCGGGCGGAGAGGAUAGCCUCCCGGGCAGUUGACAACGCUGCUGACCUCCUCAUAUUUGGCAAAGAACUCAGUGCCUUAGGCUCCGACACAACCCCGCUGCCUUCCUGGGCUGCUCUGAACAACAGCGCUUGGGGGAGCCUGAAGCAGGCCCUGAAAGGCCUCUCUGUGGAAUUUGCACUGCUAGCCGAUAAAGCCGUGCAGCAGGGUAAACAGGAAGAGAAUGAUGUGGUGGAGAAGCUGAACCUUUUCCUGGAUUUGCUCCAGUCCUAUAAAGAUCUGUGCGAGAGGCACGAAAAGGGAGUUCUGCACAAGCACCAGAGAGCCUUGCAUAAAUAUAGCAUGAUGAAGAGGCAGAUGAUGAGCGCCACUGUACAGAACAAGGAGCCGGAGUCCGUGGAGCAGUUGGAAUCCCGAAUUGUAGAGCAGGAGAAUGCUAUCCUGACCAUGGAGCUGCGCAAUUAUUUCUCUCUCUAUUGCCUGCAUCAAGAGACUCAACUGAUCCACAUCUACUUGCCUCUCACCUCUCACAUCUUGGGGGCUUUCGUCAACUCUCAGAUCCAAGGCCAUAAGGAGAUGAGCAAAGUCUGGAAUGAACUGAAGCCCAAGCUGGGCUGCCUCUUCGGGGGAUCCAGCAAUGCAUCGACGCUGCCAGUGUCGUCUUAGGAGAACAACUUAUUUUCUAGUUAAUUUUGAGGACUUUGGGCAGGGCUGGGAGGUCCAGAGGGAGUUGGCCUAAGGGACCUGUGUAUGCAGAUCUUCAAAAGGAUCCUCCCUCUUGCUAGAGUUUUACCUUUGCUGCUUUGAGCUGCUCUGUGAUUAAUGGACUGCCUGGAAAUGUGACAGUGCCUAGACACACACACACACACACACACACACACACACACACACACACACACACACAGUUGAGCGAUCUCUUGCCUUUUUAUUAUUAUUAUUAUUAUUAUUUCUAUUUUUGAAGUACUUUGGAGUGGGGCUGAGUUUCCUAAUCCCAGAAACCUCCUUUUGUGCUCUGCUUGACAGAAUGCUAGGAGUGUUCUGUUGCUGAUCACCUUCUGUUGCUGAAGGUUUUCUUUAACCUUCUCUGUUUUAUACCUCCUUGUGCCCAUCGUGGACCAUGCCUUGAAAGCAGGGCUGAGCAGCUAGAGGGCCCUUGGCCGAAUCCGGCCCUGACUGGAAUGUGCUGCUUCUCAUUUUCCAUCCCUGGGGCAAUAAUGGGCAGAGAAGGAACAGCUGAGGUCAGGCCAGGCCAGUAAGUGGGGUGGGAUUUUGAGCCUUCAUCCCCUCCCUCUUCUUAAAGUGGCCUUCCAGCAAAAGUUGUGCUGAUGUGGGACCAAAGGGCUGCUUGAAAUAGGACCGAUUUUCUACCUGGAGAGAACUUGUGUGUAGGAAACCUAUUGAGGGUGUGUGGACUUCCUUACCCAUUAGUGGUCUGUCUUUCUGUCCCUCUCUGGCUGUUUUUUUAAAAAAUUACUAUGUAUGUACAUACUGCAAAAUCAAGAGACAUGCAAUCACCAGAUGUGACUAUCUGCAUGCAGAGUGUCUAACCCCAAUCUGUAAUAGUUCGUGUUGGAAGAAGCCAGAAGAUUUCCAGCCACAGAAGAUGUGUAAAGUGUUUGCGUCAUUCAGCUUCUAAACUCAAAGGUCUCACAAGAUGACUGUGUGGGGAAGGAAAACAUAAAAGUUUCUCCCGUACUGCUAUAAUCAUUGGCAGGCAGCCGAAUCCUUACUGGUAGGAUUCAGUUCCAAUAUGAAACAAGGUAGGAGGGAGGGGAGCACGAUCGUUCGUGUGAGAGAUGGGUCAGGUGGGCGCACCGUGUACUUAGACUCUCUCCCCAAUAUUUCACUGAGCUCCCAUCUUGCUCACAAUCAUGGUCAUGUGAACAAGGCUGAUUCUGCUUUGGAGUGGCAAUUCUGACUUACCUUGGAUGAGGCUAGAAGCAUAUAGAUAAGCUUUCUCAGAGAGGGCUGGAUGACAGGCAUGUUUCAGAUCCUGAUUGACAUGGGAGGUAUUACUCCCGACAAGGUCUUCCUUUGGCUGGAUUGAUACAAUUUGAUAAAUUGUACAACUUUCGGCAAGAUGUAAGACAGAUAUAACACUUACAGAGUAGUGGGGCUGGCUUGAAAGUAGCCUUGCCAAGCUCACUUCAAACGUAUCUGUCCCCAAGGUUGAGCUCUGGUGGGUGAGGGGAACAGUUCUGCAGCAGGAAUUGAUUGUGCAUAGUAUGGAUUGGCUGGUAUCCAUGCUGCCACCAAAAUACUUUCCCCCAAUCACCAGAACCAAAAUCUUUUUUUCUUUUUGAGAAAAUAAGUGAAGGAUAAAUGUUCGUAUUGUGUUUGUUUAAAAAAAAAGGGAAAAAGGAAAGCAGGCUGCUUGAUGCAUGAGGUGAAGGACUAGACUGAUGGCUGAGAUGGUGUUAGAUUUGCAGGUGAGUGUGCUUGUCUUGCCAGUUACAAAGCCUGGCUCAUGCUUUAGAUGAGGAAUCCAUUGUGUCUUCUCUUAUGUCUGGCUUCCUCUUCAAGAUGCUCCAUUUGGGAGGCAUUUUGUUGUGGGGGGAAACAUGUCUGUCUGGUUCCUUACAGGCUUCUCAACUUUUCCCAAGACAAUCUUUUCAGACGGAGAAAGGCAAACUGAAUCUUGUGCACAAGCUCCAGUCUUAGCAGCAUCCCCCAAAACACACCUUCCUUUGUGAUGCCUUUUUUUGGAUAUAGUACCUGAGCCAUCUGGGGGGUGGGGUCAGUGCCAUCUCAGGAACAAAUGCUCACUGUGAUAUUUGACAAGUUCUGCACCCCUAGAGAAGGAAAAGAAGUGAUCGCAUUGCAAGACCAUCGGCAUUCAGUGUGUUCUCCUACUUUGAUUGUCCUGACCAUCGGGCCUGCAGCGGCCACAUUUGCAAUGGCAGUUACAAAGCUUUAAAAAGUGUUAAGAACUCAAACACUCUUAUACAAUUCUAUCCGUGUUGUCAGAGGAAUGGGAAUGGGCAGGAGUGUCCUCCAAAGAUGACUCCAUCAAGAGAGUACAGCUGUGUGUUCAUUGUCACCCUCUUUCCUCUGUUCAAAAAUGACUACAAUCUUACCCUAGUUGUUUGUGGGUAGGGAUAAAGGAGGGCUGAUAACACAGAGAAAGCUAUAAGCACAACAAUACUAUCACCUGUUUUCAGUCUCGGAGGUGGGGGCAGAUGUUGUCAAAAGUCAUGAUGAGUAUUAGUCCUUUGAGAUGGUACUGAUGUUCCCAAUUUGUAGGCCUGGCUCACAGGCUAAUAGAGGGAUGAGGAGACCUCCCAUCUUCUCUGCCUGACCUUGCUUUUCUGAAGUGUAACCUCUUUGUUUCUCAAGCAAAAGUUACAGACCUGUCGUAGGAGGGGGAUUGAAGGUUGCUAACACAGACCAGUUCCAAGACUACAGCAGCACCCAGCUCUGGCGCUGGGUCUUUUACUGAUCUAGGACCAAACCGCUUGUUCAGGCUGGUGUUAAGGCAUUCUCCCUGGUCCUUGGGCCAUAAGCUUAAGCCCAGUCAGCCAGACUCGUGCAGAGUCAAGCAAAUUUCUUCUUUUCCUCGGCAGAAAAUCUGACUUGCCUCUUCCUUGAUAUGUGGCGACAGUAUAUAUAUUUUUGAAAGUGUUUAUAAUGGGAGUUUAAAAUGUUAACCUUAUUUUUUCUGUCUUCAGUUAGAGGAGCAAGGGGGUUAUUUUUUCCCUUAAGAAAAACAAACAAACAAACAAACAAACAAACAAACAAACAAACAAAUUCAGAUAAGCUAAUAGUUUGAGGCAGGGCCCUCCCUUCCCCCUUGCAGAAAUGGCUUCUUUAUGAACAAGACCGCUCAGAUCAGGCCUCUUGUGAAAUGAUUAUGUAACUGCUUUGCUUGCAUCUCAGAUCACACUGACUCCUGUGGUGCGAGAUGGUGAAAUGUGGGGAGUGUUCUGUUAGGGCUUGGGCAAGGGGCCCAGUAGCAGGAUGGCGCAUGCUGUGCCCGAGCCAAUUUCGCAACAAAGGCUCAGAAACAGCAGGCCCCAGGACCACCUGAGAGGAGAGCUGGUUCGGUGGGAGCAAGCAUGGAUGGUCCCGUUUUCUAAGCAGGGUCCACCCUGGUUUGCAUUUGAAUGGGAGACUUCCUGUGUGAGCACUGUAAGUAAGAUAUUUCCCUUAAGGGCUGGGGCCCCUCCAGGAAGAGUAUCUGUAUGUAAUUCAGCUUGCAUGCAGAAGGUACCAAGUUCCCUCCCUGGUAUCGCCAAGACAGGGCUGAGAGAGAUUCCUGCCUGCAACCUUGGAGAAGCCGCUGCCAGUCUGUGCAGACAAUACUGAGCUAGAUGGACCAAGGGCCCGAUGCUGCCACCCACUAACGGUUCAGCAGGCACCACCAUCUUCUCUACUUCAAAACAACUGUAGAGGCUUGUUGGUACAUGCACCAUCUGAUCUGUCGGUUGUGCUCAAAGGCAGAGGUAAAUCCAGCAUUCUCAAGCCAACUUAAUGGAGAAACCAAGGCGCAGUUCUAAGCACGCUUACCAUUUGAACUGGGGGUGGAUAUUAACGUAUCUAAUAAAUGUGUACAGCAAACGUGAGUCCCCAGGUGUUGGACUACAAUUCCCAAGGGCUUUUGGCCAUAACGGCCGGAGGCCCUUGGGAGUUGUAGUCCAUCAUCACCUAGCGACACAAGUUUGAGAACUUCUGUAUAGUAUUAGAUUUCAGAGCUGUCCUCUUAGACAUGCUUAUUCUGAAGUGAACCCUACGGAGUUCAAUGGGGCUUACUCUUUCAUGUGCGCAUAGGGUUGUAACAUUACUAGGAAACAAGCCUCAUUUAAAUCAACUGGACUAACUUCCAGAAGUUUAGGAUUGAGAGUAUAUGCUAAAUAUUUCCUUUCCUUUCCUGCCAAGGAAGGAUAACGAUGUAAAAUUACUUCUCAAAGAGGAAAUCUUGGACAGAAAAUCCAGUCUCUGCUGGGAGAGCAGCUCCAAUGCUGCUUCCUGAGGAAACUAGUUCCUUUAGAGGAGCGGGUUACGUAAGAAAGAACUACCAAACAGGCAAUACAUAUCUUAAAGGUAGGAGUUCUCAAACUUGGAUCUCCAGAUGUUGCCAGACUAUAACUUCUAUCACCCCCAGCCACAAUGGGCAACAGCCUUUGGGAGUUGUUGUCCAGCAACAUCUAGGUACCCCCCACCGCCUGCCUUAAAGGGAAAGUUGAUGUCCCAAGAAUGUCAACAGGAAACUUCCCCAUGUUUUAAUCUCUGGCUUCCUUGCUUUCCAAGCAAUACCUUUACUAAGCCAACAGUUGAAAGUGUGCGUAUGUAUCUUUUUCUUCUCCAGUCUCUUUGGAUUUUGCAAGCUUUGGAACAUUGUAGGUUUGUAUUAAGCCAAUCUAUCCUUCACUUCCUCCCUCCCCUGCUUUGCAAAAAUAGGGUUUGUGUUUUUUUAAAAUAAAGCACUUUAUCAAACUGCAGGAAUUAGUCUUACUACAGCUGGUAGAGUUAAACAAUGUUUACAGAUUAUGACAUUCCAAAACAGAAAAAAAGUUACAAAAACUUGUAUUUGUAAGAGAUGUAUAAAACUUGUAUAUAAAAAAAAUCUACAUGUUA